AUGCCCCAGGCAAUCAACGAGGAACAACCUCGCGACCAUGCCUCUCCUGCGGUAGAUCAUGGCAUAGACCCUGCUGCUUCCAUCAAGUACUGGAACAGUGUUCCCCCCACAGCAAACGGUAUGCUGGCGGCCUUGGGGGGGUAUCCAUGGUACUCGAGAAUUGACCUGCGAGGAUCUAAGUCCUUCCUAGCUAAAGCUAGACGGCUUGUACCUACGUGCACGACCGAAGGGAAGCUAUCAACAGGAGUCGACUGCGGUGCAGGAGUUGGCCGUGUGACAGAAGGCUUUCUCAGCCAAGUUUGUGAAACUGUUGACGCGGUUGAGCCUGUCGAAAAGUUCACGCAGACGCUCCAUGAGAGCACCUUGAAGGCAUCUGGGGUAGUUGGCGUGAUCUAUACUGUCGGCAUAGAAGCAUGGCGCCCGGAGAAAAAGUAUGAUUUGAUCUGGACGCAGUUCUGCGUGGGGCAUCUGAAAGACUGGCAACUGAUUGAGUAUGUAAGACGAUGCCGUGAUGCCCUGACGGAGACUGGAAUCUUGGUUUUCAAAGAGAAUCUUUCGACAGAUCCGAAUGGCGAUGAUAUGUAUGAUGGUUUGGACAGCAGUGUGACCAGGACAGAUGCAAAGUUCAGAGACAUUUUCAGAGAUGCUGGAAUGAAUGUGAUUGUGUCAGAAUUGCAAACGGGCUUUCCCAAAACAUUCAAGCUUUUGCCAGUCAGAUCCUAUGCUUUACGAUCCAAGGCAUAA